CAUUCCUAGUUUAUUUUAGGCUUUUCUGGGAAAACGUUUUGCAGGAGUAUAGGUUAUUCCGAAACACAAACUUAUAUUGUUACUGGAAAGUAAUUGGACACUUAUAUUGAAAGAGGUAUUGCACAUCAAAUGCGAUAAGGUAUGACAUCCCUCAGUUGUGAUGACGUCAAACAAGACGAACCCACCACAUGUAAUUUAUCCGUUGACAGGGAUAUCUGAAUCAGAGAGGGAUAAAUAUCUUCUCAUCGCUACAUUUCUCAGUGUUUUAAUUAUAUUUGGAGUUCUAGUUGCUAUAAUGCAUCGAAAGUGUCGGGAAACCUUAUCUAAAACAAAAUCAUGGGUUAUUUCAAAAACUGUUCGACACCGACCCAACAUCAACAGAAAUAAUGCAAGAUUGGGUGCAAUUGAGAUGAGUUUCAGAGAUCCGUCAAGUCCUGUGUUCAGCAAAGAGAUUAAUCCGCCUCUCAUGUUCUAUCUAGGAAGCAGUGAGGAAUCUCAGUCUGGAAGAACGAGAAAAUCGAGGGGUCAGCGCAGUUCAGGAACUGAUCAAGAUUCUGGAAUUUCAAUAAUUUCUAGCUGUCCGAAUAUUCCAAUGUGUUCAUUAUCUAAUCAAUGUGUUUGUUUUGACAAAGACUUAAAUGACAAUGUGUCUGUUAGUUAUGAUCUUCCUAUCAUUUCACAGGAGUCAGUAAGCUUGGUACGAGUUUUGGCGCCAGAAACCAAGGGUAAAGCAAGUCCGAAAAUCACAAAUGACGAUAGAAAUGAUGGCAAGCGGCCACAACUUCGUAGGAGUUCUACGGUUAUUGAUAAAAUGAAUUACUUGCAAGGUUAUAUGCCUUCAUCAAGAGAUGAUGACUAUACAGUGAUAACGUUAACAGAUGACUCAGAACCAGAUAAUCUUUCGCCAGAUAUUUUACUUAAUAAGUUUAAAUAUAACGAUACUAUACAUUUACAGGAGAAAGGAAAGCGUUCAAAACACUUAAGUGGUGUUGAUAACCCGGCGUUUUACUUACAGAAUAAAAUUCUUUCGAAGUCUCUAUCUGAUAUAAGAGCAAGUGAAGACGAAAGAAUUAUGCAAAAGUCUACACUUUCAAAUGGGUCUACACGUCACACUGGUAAAAAGGACAAACAUUCGUAUGAAAAUGUAGUUCACAUAGCUGAAGUUCACGCACCUCUGAAAAUGAAUCGAUGUAGUAAUAUGUAUAAAAAGAGUGAGCCUACAAUGCCCAAUAAACGCCCAACUGCGUAUAGAACGUAUAAUAUCAAAACAAUAGAUAAAGAAAGUCAGGAACUAUACAAAAGGGUAAUGCGUGAACGAAUUCACGACAUAAUACAUUCAGAUUCUUCAGCAUCGUCAGUGAAAAGUGAUCAAACAUUUAUCCGAAGUAAUCGUAAAAAGAAACGGAAGACAUUAAAAUCUGCUUCUUCCACUAAUGUUCUGUGAUAUAAUAUGGAAAACUUCCAUUUGUAUUUUUGAUAUUAUUUUACGUUUUGUUUCGAUGGAGAUUUCCAAAGUGAUAUACCAGUUGCUCUUGUUUAAUUCGAAUAUCCAUAAAUACUCUUUAAGACAAUUAUUAUACUGACAAUCAAACAAAUUGCCUAUUCAACAGGAGAAGUAGCAUUUGAAUUUCACAAGUUAUGCAAACUAAAGAUAAACUUGCACCCUACCAUCAUUCGGGUGGAUGUUAGUAUUAUCAAAGUUAGCUUUGAAUUAUUGAUGUAAUUGAGGGCGCUGGCGCCAUGUUGUUGACUAUGAAAAUAAAAAUUUAAGUUUA